AUGACAUUCUUACGCCCCAGCUGCUUGAAUGCCCUUCCACUGGCCAUCGUCAUUGCCUCUCUUGCCCUGAUACUCCCGAUUUCAGUAAUCACCGAAUUAUCGGCGUCACCAUCUAGGUCGGAAGAUUCUUCUAGCCGAGAUUACGUGGUCCGUAGCCGGUCGCCUGUUCCAGGCAUUGGGAUCAGUCUGAAUUACGACUAUGUAGCCGCUGGUAUCUAUUUUGAAAAUGGCACCUCGGUUCCCGUCGCUCGUAUCGACGGGGACGCAGUGUAUCGGAGUUUCAUGCGUGCCACACGUGCUGGAUCCGGCUAUGGCUGUGUACCAAGGAACUCACCUUCUCAAGUCUACAGUAUAGGACACGAAUCCGAAUCCUUGGCGCGGAUGCUGCGCCAGCUCGAAGCUUUGAUAACCUCUCGCCUUGCCGAGCCAUUCUGCUUUGUGAUCGCUCGCCGCCCUGACCGUAAAUGCAACGAUGCCAGUGACCCUUCUGGUCAAUGGCACACUCACCAAACACAAGUAUUAGACUCGGCUCUCAGCAAGGUUGGCUUGUACCUGGCGCAAGAGCGCAUGAUUGACGCUGCUCACGCCUCCGCCAUUGCCAACUACAUGCUUGGCGGCAAUGGAGAGAAAGACGGCUAUGUCCAAUUUAUCGAUCGCGGUCCCUAUGGUUGGCGCUAUACGCUUACCUAUAUUGACGAGGGUUAUGGGGAUACAGUCUCGGAUACCAGUUUUGUCCAAGACGCCGGGGAACUUGGUUCACUACGUGGCGCAGCACGAGAUGCCUUGGGCAAGUUUUUAGUCAUUCCAGACUUUAUGGUUGAUGAAAUCAGGGAGCUCGUGAUUUCAGGGGACUUAGCAAGCGACACAGAGUUCCAAGACGACCUCGUUUCCGUUCUCGGAUCUAAACUAGUCGCCAAAGCUCACGUCCGUGGCCCGAUUCACGGGUCAGCCUUGGGUGCAGCGGCGACAUCUUUCCAUAUCAUAAACGACCCGUUUUUUUAUCUAGGGCCAGGCUCUGACUGCUGCAAAAAGCACAAGGGAGAGGGCUGCCCAGCUCACUACAAAGACUUUCUGGAGGAUGGGCAUGGCAAUUAG